GAUUAGGGGCGAAUGAACUGCCAAUGAAAUCUGCAAUGUUUCUCAAGCGUUCUCCAAAAUGACGAUGAAACACUGCACGAGCCGCGGACAGUGUGUGUCAGUUGAUAUCGGUGUGCUGAGGACGUAACAAUAAUUAUUGUGAAGCGUGUUGUAGCGAACUGGUCGACAGAGUUGAGUGCAGUCAGUCAAAAUAGUCACAUUCUCGUAUCAACCUAGCUGCAGUCCGAGUCAAUCUCGCUUAGAUUUUACAGACCUUCAGUCACGAUCACUUCGCGGUCUCAGAUUUAGCGAAUAUGAACGGCCAUGAAGCGAAUAGCAAACGACGGCGGGACCUGAGCAAAAGGCCAGAUCAUGUUUGGGACGAUCUGCCGGUGCCGUCUGACCCCAGCACUGGUCACGAUUUGAAUGCCACAGCUGAGGAAGUUCAGUCAUCUAUUGAACGAGAGCUGGCCAGCAAUGUAGGACUCCGCCAUGCAGUCCUAAGCCAAGACAGCCUGGCUGCCCGCAAUGGUACUGGCCCACCAGCCAUGGAGAUUCCAAGCAUGUUUAUUGCAACAAGAACAUCACAAUCUAGAGAUCAGUACUUUCUUCCGAUGGCAAGGACAGCGUCCAAAGUAAGCCACUCUUCACAGCCUGGUAGUAAUCAUGGUACGUCCAAGCCUCAGACCUCCACGCUGCCACCGCUCAAGAAAGCAAGCGGAACAUCCCGUGCGAGCGGCAGAGAUCAGAGUCAGUACACUGCGGAGCGCCCGUCACGUCAGACAUCCGACAGACAACGUGACUAUGCCAUGGCCGAUGUCGACGGUCACUCUACGCUGACUGCUGCCAGGAGCGAUGGCAGAGCCCUACACGGCACACGGCAAGCAAUCCAGCGCACGCUGACACCCAUCGCCGAUCGCCGUCCACCUUCAGCCUCGAGGAGUCACUCUAGCCACAAUACUGACGUAUUGACAAGCAGGUCUUCAAGUCGAAAUGAGAACAGAGGCAAUACCAAUAGUGAAAGUCGGGUGAUGGAUAGUACGGCCUCCGGAACAAGGAAUAAAGCAUCCAGUAGUGUCCCAUCUCUCGGUUACACACGGCCGGUGAACAGUAAUGCAAAGAAGGUACAGGAGAACAGGCCUAAGUCUGAGACUGGGACAUAUAAUCCUGCCCUGCUCUACCCCAGUAAAAGUACUCCAGUAUUCAACUGCUAUCCCAACAAAUCCGCCAAAUCCAGUAGUGUCUUUGACACGCCAGAAUAUCGAGCUCUGAAGCUGGCAUUGGAGGCAAAGAACAAGGAAGUGGAGUCGUUGAGGGUCCGCUGCUCGCAACUGAAUAGUCAAUGCAAUGAGCUGAUAGAUAUAAACACACAUCUUGUGAGAUCCUUUGGAGAUGCAAGGCAAGGAUCAGGAGCUGGAGCUGAGGAAAACCUGAGAAGGGUUGCAGGACAAGACCCUGAUAGGGUGAAGGGGAAAUCACACAACAAGGCAGCAUCUAUAGCUAUAUUGAGUGAUGCUAGCAUCAACGCUGGCGGUGACAGUCUACCUUCUGAUGAUGAUGAUGAUGAAACUGAUGCAGCCGAAAUUGGUGAUGCCGGUGCUACAAUAUUUGGUGAUGUGUGGAUGCCAGACCUUUCGUACCUGCCCACGUCACCGCAACCCCUCGAUGUCGACUUUGACGGCAUAGUUCGAGCUGUUUGGGCUAUCAACAUGCAAGUGCCGGAGAAGAUGAUUCGCCGUAACUUCCACGAAAAUCAAGCCAAAUUCAGGGCUCCGGAUGUGGUUGACAUGGUAAUUUUCAAGAAUGGAUUCAUCCUCAACAACAGAUUCCACGCGUACGAGAGUCGAGGUGGCAGCCGUAUUAUCAAGAACCUGGGUGAAAGAGAGUGGCCGGAGGACCUGAUAGCACAGUACCCAGCAGGCGGCAAGAUUGCCCUGUCCGACCAGCGUGACCUGCUAUACGACCAGUAUCAGACCCCGGUAUUCCCUGGGGUUGGCAUCAAGACGGGCAAGCCAGACUGGGUUACCGGUGAACAGGCGUUGAGUCAGAAUCACGGUGAUAGGCCAGAGCCGGAGAGAACCCUUCCACGUAAUCCGAUGCAGAAGAUGACUGUGAAGGAUGGACAGCUCCACGUUGAAAACCCCACGGGCUUUGAUAAGCUCCGUACAAUGACGGUGACUGCAGCAGCACGUCCAAUCAGUACGGAGGUUAUUUCGACAGACUGCACACGGUCAGGAUUGUCCAGUAGCAAGCAAUGCGAGCCAUCAAAGGAUUUCAUCAGCCUUCGAAUUCAAUCUGAAGACGGCAUGAAAAUGUACCUGUUGAAGAUGCUUCCUACAGAAACUAUUGGUCGCCUGCGUUUCUACAUCAACAUGCACAGGAAAAACGAGUCAAUCACCUAUCGCAUCCUAUCGAGCGUAAGCAGGACGUAUUUCAGCGACGACGGCGCAACACUGGUCAAGUGUGGCCUCAGCCCAGCUGCUAAGCUGUUCCUUGUGCCCAAUGCCAUUGCAUUGGCAGUAUCCCGAGAGAGAAAGUGACGAGGCUGCCGAUCUGAUGAGAAGUGUGUGUGGGAUCACACCACCCAGCACGUGUACUAGUACUUGUAUAUAGGACACUGUGCUGAACACUGCAUGUUCCGGUACGAUGAAAGUGUCAUCCAUGUGACUUGGAUCAUGCUCAGAUUUUCAUCAUAAUUAUGAUAUAAUUAUUAUUACAGGACAAACAGGCAUAAUGAAAAAUCAACACGAAUACUCACCAUUCUGACGUAUCCCCCCCCCCCCCCCGAGUUACAUGUCCAGUUUUUAACUUGUUAGCUCUUUAAAAUUUUGUAUUUACGCUAAUAAAAUCCGUUUCGACAUCAAUAACACAGCACCGUUUGAUUACUAGUACUGAAGUACCUGAGAGAGUACUGUUGGAUCACCUGAAUGAGUACUGUUUGAGCACAUGAAAGAGUACUGUUGGAUCACCUGAAUGAGUACUGCUUGAGCACACAGAAAGAGU